AUGGCCUCCCUAUCCGGGAGUACAGCAACAUCCCUCCCCAACGGCCAUCCACCACCCCCUCCCCCAGGCUCAGAAGACCACAUAAUCGAAACCGACUACCUCAUCGCCGGCGCAGGUCCCGCAGGUGCCUCUCUCGCCUGCUUCCUCGCCCAACACAACCUCACCGGCAUCGUCGUCGUCAAAGCUUCCGGCACCUCCAAGGAACCCCGCGCCCACAUCACCAACCCCGCCGCCCUGGAAUGUCUCCGCGACAUUGGACUGGAAGAUGCUGCGCUCCGCAACGCCACGCCGGGGGACUGCAUGCAGCAUACGCGCUGGUGCCGGUCGAUGGCGGGCGAGGAGUGGGCAAGGGUGCAUUCGUGGGGGAAUCAACCGCAUCGGAAGGGUGAGUAUGAGGCGAUGAGUCCGUGUCGGCAUGUGGAUCUGCCGCAGACGCUGUUUGAGCCGCCUUUGGUCAAGUUUGCCACCGAUCGGGGGUGGAAGGUUAGGUUUGAUUCGACUUUUGUGCGGUUUGAACGGGAUGGGAAGUUUGGGAGGAUCACGUCGACGAUUCAGGACACGCUUACGGGGCGGGAGUAUAAGAUCCGGUCGAAGUAUCUGUUUGGCUGUGAUGGAGCGCAGAGUCCAGUGAUGAAGCAACUGGACAUUCCGUUGAAGAAGGAACCGGGGCAGGGGCUGGCGAUUAAUGUACUGGUCGAGACGGAUCUGAGCAAGCAUAUCAAGUACCGGACUGGCAACUUGCAUUGGGUCUUCACCCCAGACAUCGAGUACGAACCCUGGGCCUGGGGCGCUCUCACGCGUAUGGUGAAGGCCUGGAACGAAUGGAUGUUCAUCAUGAUGCCGCAACCCGGCUUCUCCGACCUCAGAGUCCGGCCCUCCAACGAACAAUACCUCAAGCGCAUCCGCGAGAUGAUCGGCGACGACAGCGUCCCCGUCAAAAUCCUAGACGUGGCGAAAUGGUACAUCAACGAGAUCGUCGCCGAGAAAUACAGCGACGGCAACAUCUUCUGUCUAGGCGACGCAGUGCACCGCCACCCACCCUUCAACGGUCUCGGCUCCAACACCUGCGUGCAAGACGCUUAUAAUUUGGCCUGGAAAAUUGCCUACGUAGAGCGCGGCCUCGCGGACUCCAGUCUCCUCGACUCCUUCAGCGCUGAGCGCCAACCCAUCGGCGAAGGCGUGAUCCGCCGCGCGAACCAAGGCCUGCGCGACCACGUCCCCGUCUUCGAAGCCCUAGGCGUCUUACCAGAAGACAUCGAAGAGCGGAAACGCCAACACGGCGAGCUCUCCGAACCAACAGAAGCCGGACGUAAACGGCGGAAGCAGCUGCUCGAAGCUGUCAAGUACACUGAACAUGAAUUCGGGGGCGUAGGACAGGAGAUGAACCAAUGGUACUCCUCUUCCGCCAUCUACACCGCCGACGAGAAAGCCCCACGCCCCGCCCCGCCGGAAGAUCCAGUGCUCGAGUACCAGAUAACGACGUACCCCGGCUCCCGCUGCCCACACGCAUGGCUCAACACGCGGAUACCGGUCGAGCCGAUCAGUACGAUCGAUCUAGCCGGCCACAAAGCGUUCUGCCUCCUCACCGGACCUGGAGGGGAGAAGUGGAAGCAAGCGGCGUAUGAAGCGAGUCGGUAUCUAGGGGUGGAGAUGAAUGCGUAUAGUAUCGGGUGGAAACAGGAUUGGGAGGACGUUUAUGGGGAUUGGGCGAGGCGGAGGGAGGUGGAGGAGGAUGGAUGUGUGUUGUUGAGGCCGGAUCGAACGGUUGCUUGGCGGAGUUGGGGGAUGAGGGAGGAUGCUAAUGCUGCUUUACUAAGGGUCUUGAGGGCGGUGCUUGGGAGGGGAAAGUGA